AUGUCGGAGGCAAAGAACGAUGGUACGAUUGCCAUAACUGUGGAGUUCAGUGGAGGGCUGGAGAUGCUGUUCUCGAAUGAGCGGAAACUAUCACUUACUAUUCCUGGCAAGGAUGAGAAUGGGGCAAAAACGAACAUAGCGUUUCUCGUGAGGCAUCUGUGCAACACUGUUAUGAAGGAUCCGAGGAAGGAGCUCUUUGUUCUCGACGACACAGUGAGACCGGGAAUCCUGGUGCUUAUCAACGAUGCAGAUUGGGAGCUCGAGGGCGAGGACAAGUAUGAGAUUGAAGAAGGCGACAACAUAUUAUUUGUGUCGACACUCCACGGAGGUUAG